GCCGUCGUCUCAUUCUCUUUCGCUCGCCAUCCUCUUCUAUCAAAAAAAGAAAGGGGGAAAAUCACCCCGUUGUCCUCGCAAGAUUUUUCUUUUUCUCGCUAAAUUAGGAAAACAAGGAGGAGAGAGAGAGAGAGGAUGCAGCGCCACGACGAUCCCAAUCCCUUCGACGAGGAGCCAGUCAAUCCCUUCGCGAAACAAUCGGAUUCAAGCUCGAAACCUCGGUUUCCUGGGCUGUCAUCGCUACCAUUCGGUUUUGGCAACAGGAAUGAUGCUACUGAUGAUAUACCUCUUGGAUCGGUGAAUGGCUCGAAGGGUAAGGAUCUUGCUUCUUGGGAAGCUGAUCUAAAAAGGAGAGAACAGGACAUAAAACGAAGGGAAGAGGCUCUGACAAGUGCUGGUGUUCCUGUUGAGGAGAAAAAUUGGCCCCCGUUUUUUCCAAUCAUUCACCAUGACAUUGCUAAGGAGAUACCAAUCCAUGCUCAACGAUUGCAGUAUUUGGCAUUUGCAAGUUGGCUAGGUAUCUGUCUUUGUCUUGGAUGGAAUAUAAUUGCUGUUGUUGUGUGUUGGAUCAAGGGAGGAGGGGUUAAAAUAUUUUUGCUGGCAUGCAUCUAUGCUUUGCUUGGGGUCCCUCUUUCAUACGUGCUUUGGUAUAGACCUCUGUAUCGUGCUAUGAGAACUGAUAGCGCAGUGAAGUUUGGCUGGUUUUUCCUUCUUUACAUGAUUCACAUUGGCUUUUGUAUCAUUGCUGCUAUUGCUCCUCCGAUUGUCUUUCAUGGGAAGUCAUUGACGGGUAUCCUUGCUGCUAUUGACACCUUCUCUGAUCAUGCACUGGUUGGGAUAUUCUACUUGGUUGGGUUUGGCUUGUUUUGCUUGGAAACACUUCUGAGCUUGUGGGUGCUUCAGAAAGUUUACAUGUACUUCAGAGGGCACAAGUGAAGCGGAUGCUUGGAGAAAGUUCCAACUCGACCUAUUUCUUUUUCGUUCUCGUCCUUUUUUGUAAUAGAUUGUGUUCUUAAUACUUGGAUAUAAAAAGAUGUUUGGGUACAAAUUUACUUGUAUUAAUCCCUGUCGUUCUUUAUCUUGUGUAAAAAAAAUUUUGAUUU